GCUGGUUUGCGGAGGGACUUGGAUGUAGCGGCKUCGGUGGUGAGGGCGUGGGGAAGGGUGGGGUGAGGGGGCGAGGCCGCGACGAGCGCGGCGAAACUCUCCUCCCCUUGGCCCUACCGCGUGGGACGGCGUGAACGCGGUUUUGGAGGGAUGUCCGCCUUCUCUGAGGCGGCGCUGGAGAAGAAGCUGUCGGAGUUGAGCAACUCGCAGCAGAGCGUGCAGACCUUGUCCCUGUGGCUCAUCCACCACCGCAAGCACUCGCGGCCCAUCGUCACCGUGUGGGAGCGGGAGCUGCGGAAAGCAAAACCCAACAGGAAGCUUACUUUUCUCUACCUAGCCAAUGAUGUCAUUCAGAACAGCAAAAGGAAGGGGCCGGAGUUUACAAAAGAUUUUGCACCAGUUAUAGUGGAGGCUUUUAAGCAUGUUUCAAGUGAAACUGAUGAAAGUUGUAAGAAGCACCUUGGAAGAGUGUUAUCUAUUUGGGAAGAAAGAUCUGUAUAUGAAAAUGAUGUAUUAGAACAACUUAAGCAAGCUCUGUAUGGUGAUAAGAAGCCUAGGAAGAGAACUUAUGAACAAAUAAAGGUGGAUGAAAAUGAAAACUGUUCCUCUCUAGGAUCUCCAAGUGAACCACCACAGACUCUAGAUCUCGUUAGAGCCUUACAAGAUCUAGAAAAUGCAGCUUCAGGUGAUGCAGCAGUUCAUCAGAGGAUAGCUUCUUUGCCUGUCGAAGUCCAAGAAGUAUCCCUGCUAGAUAAAAUAACAGAUAAAGAAUCUGGAGAAAGGCUUUCUAAAAUGGUAGAGGAUGCUUGUAUGUUGCUGGCAGAUUACAAUGGCAGAUUGGCGGCAGAAAUAGAUGAUAGGAAGCAACUCACUCGAAUGUUAGCAGAUUUUCUUCGUUGUCAAAAAGAAGCCCUUGCAGAGAAAGAGCAUAAAUUGGAAGAAUACAAGCGCAAGUUAGCCAGAGUUUCCCUGGUGCGCAAAGAACUCAGGUCCCGGAUCCAGAGCCUGCCAGACUUAUCUCGAUUGCCCAAUGUCACUGGCAGCCACAUGCACCUGCCCUUUGCGGGGGACAUCUACAGUGAAGAUUGACGACCAGUUUCUUUCYAGGGCCCAGGACUUUGCAAGACAUGGAGACCGGUUAGGUGGAUAGUCCUGUAGCGUUAUUUUUGUAUAUUGUUGAGAGAGUGAUACUAACAAAAGAAGCGACAAGUAAUUUAUAAAAUUGUUUAAAAUGUUGAUUUGUUUACUAUUUUAUUAGUAAGUUAACAUGACUUARUUUAAACAAAGUGAUGAUCUCUGUGUAUUAAUAAGCUCACAUAGUGAUUAUUUUCAAACAGUCUUUUUGUAAAUUUUUUUGAUCCAGGGCCUUGUGAGAAAGUCCAUGUUUCUAUUUCUUCAUGUAUUUUCAAUUGUUUUUCAUUAUUUUCUUUUUUCAGUAUCUAAUCACUGUAUACUAUCUAAUUCCUAAAGGGGAAGAAMUAAUCAGGAGUUGGUUGAGACUUUAUUAUGGUAUAGUUAGGACUUGAUUAUAGAAGGGACUAAAUGUUCCAACUUAAUCUUCAUCCUUCUCCCCAACYCAAAUAUCGGUUCUGUGCCUCUCCCUACUUUUGAUUCCUUACUCUCUAGAAGUCAGUAAUUUAACACUAAACAUGGAUGCCAUUUGUAGGGUCAGAUCGAAGUCUAGAGAACUUUUCAGAUAGCAUUGUAGGAGUUCCAUUUCAACUGCCAUCAUAGACUAAAAAGAUUGUGAAAUAGGGACUCCUUUGAUUAUACUGUUUAGAAUUUUUUGAAUAGAUUAAUAUGAAAAUGCUAUGAAUUUUGAGACUCUACCAAGAGAACAACUUUGGUUCCGGAACUGAUUUCUAUUUGUCAAAUCAGUCUCCUUUUAACAUAAUUGAUCCCUAUGAUAAAAAAAGCUAUCUAUGGGAUUAAAAGAAACAUGAAAUGAUACUUUUAUUAUUCCCUCAGCUGUAUAACUUAAAACACAGUAGUAUUUUUAGCUCUAAUAGUACAAGAACUCGAUAUUCAUUAAUGUUCAGUAAAGUAGCCUGGGACAUUUUUAAUGUUCCCUUCAAGUUUUUGAAUGACUGUAUAUUUGGAAAUUAAGAGUGCUACACUACAGGGUAGAUCUGGUAAAUUUUAUAUUUGUAUAUUUACAGAUGUAAAUACAAAACAAAUGUACUUUUACCUUUUAUUUCUAACCCUGUGUGUUAGAGCAUUUGCAUGCUCUCCAGCUUUCUUUUUAAAUCAUAUUGUUAAGCUGUGGAUUUGUAUUCAAUGAUGACUUAGGAUAAACAUUUUUCUCAUCCAUUGCUUUACAUUAGACAUUUCUCAUUGUAGGCAAAUUCAAAGUAGAUAGUCAAUAAAACAUCUUUUAAAUCCCACAAGCCAAUUAUGUCUCACUAUUCUAAAUGGCUUCACUUUGUUUCUCAGUAUUAGAGAUUAUAGUUAAAAUUAGUUCACAUGUGAAAGAGAAGGCAAAAUUUAGUUUUGAUAGACUGUAGUUCUGGAAACAGUGAUUUUUUACAAUUUGACCUAUUUCUAAAACAGAUGCAUAUAAAAUAGUCCCAUCCAUAAAUGUCUUACAUUCCAAAGUGUUUUAGACAACUUUGGUAGUUAGGACACAUUUUCUCACAGAAACAGUAGUAGUUAGGUUCCCUUGCACAUUACUAUUGAAAGCUCACCUGGGAACCUAAUCCACUUAACCAUGAAUGUACUUAACUUGUAAUAUGGUUGAUAAAUUWCUAAUCAUAGGUCCUGACCAGCAUUUGUAAUAACAUCACUCUAAGCAAGGAAAUGGUGUGCGGCAGCCAGAACCGCACAUUGGGGUAUCUGCCUGUGCUAUGUAC